GAAGACAUUGCUUCUGCGUCACGGUGGACCGGUGAAUGACCAAAAAUUUCUCUUUACAUCGUCACAGUCUUCGAAGAAAUCAACGUUGCAUCUCCAUUUUCCCAAAAUUCGUGACGGGAUCGUUAUCCAUCCAAGCUUUGCUUCUCCACUGGUCCAUAUUCGGAAUCCUAUGAAGAAAAUCAAUUAGAAAACCAUCUUAUCGAAAAUUAAUACUAGUAGCCCGAAUCAAAGUUUCAAAGUAGAUCGUUUUGGAUUAGGUUGAAUCGGUUUGAUCAGUGAAGUUUUAGUGGCUGGUGCAAGAAGAAGAUAGUGGAGAAAGGAAAAGAAAAUUACAAUGAUGCUGGGGGGCUAUGAAGCACAGUCGGAUUACUAUCCACAAUGGCACCAACCCUACAAUUACGUCACGCAAUUGCCAUACGGUCCGUUGAACGUACCCGACGCGGAUAGCCAAUCGACGUACUGGGGCGCGGAUUCCGGGAUCUCUGGGGGUAGUUCCGGUGCUGGGAGUCCCACCGCCUCGACGCCUCCCCUGAUCGAAGAGAUCGGUGUCCAGGAGCCCAAUUACUCACCUCUACAGCAAUACCCUCACCCCUCGAUGAGCCAACACUAUUCGAACUUAGCUUACCAAACUCAACAAGAGGUCUCUCAUCAUCACUUGCAUCAUCACCACCAUCAUCAUCAACAGAAUCACAGACGAGAUAGCGAUUACUCCACGGUUUCCUCCAUGAACCCCGCUGACGGAUCUCUGCAGCAACACCUGAGGCAAGAGGUCAGGGCCAGUGGCGUGGUUGUCAGGCCUAAAAGAAGAAAUACCGCGAAUAAGAAAGAGAGAAGACGAACACAGAGUAUAAACAAUGCGUUCGCUGAUCUACGCGAUUGCAUACCGAAUGUGCCCGCAGAUACGAAGUUAUCGAAGAUCAAAACCUUGAGGCUGGCAGCUUCGUACAUCGGAUACUUGAUGGCUGUACUGGAGAGCGACGAAGGGGAAGAACCGCAGACCUUUCGUGCCGAAAUUUUGUCCAAUGGCAGGAGAAACAAGACGGCUCAGGCGAAUCAGAACGAGUCGUACUUGCACCAAGCGUCAGGUCUCGGAUCUGAGGAAUCGUCGAAAAGCAAAGGACGAACUGGUUGGCCGCAGCAUAUGUGGGCCCUCGAAUUGAAGCAGGAAUCACCUACCAACCAGAUGCAAUAAAAUUACCGAUCCCCCAUCUAUUUCUG